AUGCCAUCACAGAACCUUUCUACGGAUCCAGCGCUGCUGACGGAUUCAUUUUUCUUGCCAAACAAUUCAUUCGACGCUUCGAAAGCAUGUUAUAGCGUUGUUACAGAGCGCUUUUUGGAAGAUGAAGGUUGUCCUCGACUUGCUCAAGAUCGGUAUGUGUACGAUUACCGCGUACAGAACUGUGCACAACCUAGAAAUUGUGCAAAACAAAUGAAUGGCAAUGCAGUCGUCGGAUCACGCUACUACCCUUACCGUCCCACUUUGAACUAUGGCGCUCUUGCGGACACCUCGCCGCAUUUGUUCAAUCCUUCGCCGCAGAGCCCCUUUGAUAAUGCUUCGCCUUUCUUUGGAUGCCCGGUCAUUGAGGACCCACUGGUACUCAACAACUCCUUCUUUAUAAACCAGCCGUCUAAAGUGCACUGGUGCAGCGAAAGAAAGAAGUGGUCAAAAGGUAAUAUAGAGCCAGGUUCGAGGGCUGAACUCAUGUCUCGUCCUUGUAUGAAACUCGUGUCUGCGACCCCAUUAGCGACAGCUCCAUCGCUUUUACCAUGUUGCGCAACCGCAUCCAUGAAUAGUUCCUCAUCAAGCAGUAACAGUUUCUCUGAAGCGGAUUCUAUGAAGCGUUUUAUUUGUGUGCCAGAGUAUUGCUUCUCAGCAACUGGAAGUCAUUUAGUGGACUCACCCAUUAUCCCUCUGCCUCCAGCAGCUUAUGCAGAUUCUGAAGAAGAUCCUUAUAUUUGUACAGAACAAACCACCUCUUACUCACAAAACAGUGAUGAUGUUGUUAGCGAUUUCUUCUCCCAAAGCGAACACAGUUCCCGCUCUAAUUCUUCGGAGGAAUCUUCACCUCAAGCACGAGAAGCGGCUUGCUAUACACAAAACAGUAGUGGUCAUGCUAGCGCCUUUUUCUCUCAAAGUGGAAUUAGCUGUGUCGCAAAUUCGUCGGAAGAAAGAUCUGCAGAACGAUAA